GGUGGUGGGAAUCAUUGUGAAUAAGCUGGGAGAUCGGAGUAAAGUUCUAGCUUCAUCAGUUAUCCAUAGGUUACGCAUAAUGGGUAAGUUUCUUCCCGAUCGUCACUAAUGUAUCAGUUAAAAAAGGGUUUCACAUGAGCGCUGUGAUCGUGCAGGAAAUCCGUUCUUUUCUCUUUCGUCCAAACCUUCCCGAGCGUGCAAAGUACUACGCUGUGGUAUUCCUUAGCUCCUUGCAGUUAAGAAACAAUCCUACCCAGUGCACUGAUGACAGUACUGCACAGGACCUACCUGUAACUCUAGUGAAGAUCUAUACCGCAUUCUUUAAUGCAACCACGAAGAACGCACUCCCCGAGAAACUGAUUGCUGUUCUACUCACUGGGUUGAACCGAGCUGUUCCCUUCGUCUCAGCGGAUCCCGAAGUUGAGCGCCUCUGUGCGUUCGCUCAGCGACUUCUGCAACUUUGCCUGUUGUACUGUAGUCCCGGAUUCGUUGUUGGCACGUUGAUUCUAUUGGGAAAGGUGAAUUCAAAUGAGCCGAAACUGCACGACCCCGUUUUGUUGCCAUUUACGGGGAUUGGACCAAACGGUGACGAUGAGGAGCAUUUCAGCGAUGCCCCCGACUCUGCAGAGGAAGACGAACUUUCUGCAGUAAAGAGUAGCGAGGCUGUUCCACUGCCCACCGAACCCACGUUAGCCUCUUGGGAUCACAGGGCACUUUCCAAGACGAUAACAGGAAACCACCAUAAGGACCAUCCAACAGGACAGCGUUACCGUCCAGAUGCUCGUGAACCUCUGUUUGCCCGAGCAGGUGGUCAACCUUCUUGGCCUCUUGUUCUCCUAGCAUCCCAUUCUCAUCCUACAGUUGCUCUAUUGGCCACUAAUCUUCUUCAAGGAAAGUCUGUGGUAUACACAGGAAAUCCCUUCGACGACUUCUCUCUCGUACACUUUCUUGAUCGGUUUGCAUAUAAGAAACCAAAAGCGAACGCCAAGUCCAAGCACAAUGCUCCACCUGGCCGUGUGGUGCAACGGAAGGCGGGAGUAACUCUUGGACCACGUGCUCUGCCAGUCAACAGUACCUCAUUCCGUCAGAUGUCGCUUGAUCGUAUCGCAGCGGAUGAACAGUUCUUCCAUAGCUAUUUUACAUUUUUAGCAUCACGAACCGGCAAAGUGGCGAACAAAAGAUCCGGUAGUGGGGAAGAAAGUGACGGUUCAGUAUCUGACGACGAAUUUGACGCUUAUUUGGACAUGGAUGAACUCGAUGUUUCAUACCACUGCAAGAAAAAGAAAAGAUCUUCGAUACCUUAUCCUGAUGACGAGGAGCUCAGCGGGGAUGAUGAUGAUGAUUUCUCGGAUCAUGUCGGUGCGUAUGAAGAGGAGGACGGUGAUGAUGGAUCAGAUGAUGAAUUCACACUCAAUAAUCCGAAGAGUUCCUCCAGAAUUUCAGAUUUGUUUGCCAGCGCCGAUGAGAUUGGGCAUUUGUACGCUGCGCAAGAAACUGAAAGAGAACGCCGACAGAGGCUGUGGGAACAAAAACGUGCAGCUGAUCUGUCACCUCGUUCCUCUAGAUUCAAUCGGAAGCGUGUUGGUGGCGGAAAACCACAAAAACCCGGACGCAUGCCAACCCAGAUAAAGAAGAGAGGCAGCAAGCGAAGGCGUCAUGUAUAAAGUUACGCUAAUGCGAUUGUAUCUACUGUUCAGUUUGAUUACACCGUUUCG